AUGGCAAAGGAUCUAAUUAUAUUAGCUUAUUCUGGCGGACUGGAUACUAGUUGUAUUUUAAAAUGGCUAAUCCAAAAAAAUUACGACGUCGUGUGCUAUAUUGCUGAUAUUGGUCAAAAUGAAAAUUUCGAAAAGGCAAGACAAAAAGCAAAACUUGUGGGUGCCAUGGACGUAAUAGUAGAAGAUUUGCGCAAGGAGUUUGUUUCAAAUUAUAUGAUGCCUGGUAUUCAAAUGGGCUUAGUUUAUGAAAGUCGUUAUUAUUUAGGUACUUCGUUGGCGCGACCAUGCAUUUCUGUUGGAAUCGUAAAUGCUGCUAAGAAAUUGGGAGCUAAAUAUAUUUCACAUGGCGCUACUGGUAAAGGAAAUGAUCAAGUAAGAUUUGAACUUAGCGUGUAUUCGCUUUGGCCAGAGGGAAAAGUGAUUGCACCGUGGCGUCUUCCUGAAUUUUUUAACAGAUUUCAAGGACGUAGCGACCUCAUUGAGUAUGCUAAACAAGAAAAUAUACCCGUUACUGCUACGCCCAAAGCUCCGUGGUCGACGGAUGAAAAUAUAAUGCACAUAAGUUACGAGUCCGGAGUGCUAGAGGACCCCGCUGAAAUCCCUCCCAGUGGAAUAUACAAAAUGACACGAGAUCUCCAACAAACCGAUGAUUACCCUUGUACUAUUGAUGUAACUUUCAAAAAGGGUUUGCCUAUUUCUGUUAAGAUUCCAAGUGGACACGAAAAAGCCUUGAUUCUUACUGACUCAUUAGCUUUAGUCGAGACGCUUAACAAGUUGGGUGGACAGCAUGGUAUCGGUCGGAUUGACAUUGUGGAAAAUCGCUUUCUAGGGCUGAAGUCAAGAGGACUUUACGAAACACCAGCUGGUACUAUACUUCAUGUCGCUCAUCUUGACUUGGAAGCAUAUGCUCUUGAUAAGGAAGUUUUAAGGCUUAAAAAAUAUCUGCAAGAUAAAAUGGCAGAUUUUGUAUACAAUGGUUUUUGGUUUUCGCCUGAAGCUGUUUAUACAAGAAAAUGCUUAGAACUUUCUCAAGAAUCUGUUAAUGGAACAGUUACAUUGCAAUUAUUCAAAGGAAAUGUGAUUGUAUUGGCUAGAACAAGCGAUAAAAGCUUAUACAAUAAGGACCUUGUAUCAAUGGAUGUCGCUGGAGGCUUUUCGCCAGAAGAUAGCACUGGAUUUAUAAAUAUUAAUGCAGUCAGACUUAAAGAAUAUGCACGAUUCAGUGCAGCUACAAAACUU